ACUCGGGGCAGCGCUUUUCCAGUCUAGAGAGAGAGGGGGAGAGAGAGGAAGGGAGGGAGAUUCGUGAGCGACGACUGGGAGAUGGGGUCUGAACCUAUUUUUUGGAAACAUCGUUUGCUCUUUUCUCUGAUAGUUUUCAGCAUUGCAACUUCCAAAGUCCACUAUGGACUCGCUGCUCCUGUUCAAAAUCAAGGCAAACGGACCAAACAAGUUCCCACAGGCAGUCAGUGGGCAGUGGGGCAUUUGAUGGGGAAAAGGACCUUUGAUGAUACCCUUUAUGGCUAUACCAACCGUGACAACAUGAUAUAUCCAGUUCCGUCAGGAAUUGCUAAGCAGCCAGAAGACGACUUGCAGUUGGCUGAGAUAGCCAAGAAAUUCUUAAAUUUGCGGGAAGAAACCUCAUCAACAAACAUUCAGAAAUCAAGGGAAGACAUUACAGUAGUUAAGAAACCACAGCAGACAACUGACUACAACAUCAGAGAGAUGGUGGAUUAUCUUCUGCAGGUUAUGGACGUGAAGGAUGAAACCCCAAGAUGAAUACACAAUGAGAAUUCAGCCAGAAAUUAAUCUAAAGAGACUAUUAUGUUUUUUCCUCCAAGUGUUUAGCUCCACCAAAUACCAGACUAAAUUGCUUCUGUUUUAAAAUAACUGAAUGUUCUUGUACUUCUGAACAUUAACUAAAUGAUUUUCACACAGCAGAUUAUGUUUUGAUGUUUUUAAUGUAAA